UUUCCAUUGGACACUGUUUGUUACUGCGGGUUGUUUGGUUCUCGUUAACCUGAUUGGCUUGUUGCGUAUGGGUUUGUCCCUUAGGAGAUGACCUCAUCAAUGGUAUGUACAGUCUUUUUAAGUUUAUCUUGGCUUCCGACCCCAGUUUAACAUAUAAUAUAUAUUACAGAGUUUUUAAAACUUUGCUGUUCCCAAAUUAACUUUUAAUCUGACUGUGUGAAGCAGUUGAGUUUAUAUUAAAGAAUUUCACACUAGUAUGUCUUCAUAAAAGACCACAAUGUCAUUUAACUCUGUGAUCGUACCGUGAGUAAAGGAACAUUAACAGGCAGUUUGAUCAUUAGCUCCGGACUUUAUUUUUUAGUUUGUGAGUUUUGUACUAAACCCAAAAGAUACACAUUCGUACCUUCUGCAGUAUGUUCAGAUGUCAUCCCGUCUAGUGGAAACUGUUAUGAUUAAUGUGGACGACUUCGCAGAUAAUUUUUUAACGUGUGGUACGUGUUUCAGUGGUUAUAAUUCAAGUGAACGUGCUGCCAAAUUAUUACCUUGUUCACACACAAUAUGCCGUUCGUGUUUAGAUCGGAUCCUUACAAAUGAAACUCAGUCAGAGACAUUUCGUUGUCCAAUUUGCCGGGAGAAUAUUGCUAUUCCAUCAGGUGGUGCAGCUUCAUUUCCUCCGGCUUUUAUAGUAAAUCAGUUAUUAGACCUACUUGCUACCCAUCGUCGAGAUGUUGUACCUAAAUGUUGCAUACAUCCAUCACAAGAACUAUUAUUUUGUGAGACUUGUGAUAUGGUAUUUUGCAGUGAAUGCCGAGGUCGUAAUCAUGCUGUUCAAAAUCAUGUGAAUGACUCAUCAUGUUUACCAGUGAACAAUGGAAAUCAAGAUAUUACUACACAAGUAGAAAGUUCAUCGUCGAGUACUGGCCUAAAUCAUAAUGUGAUCACAUUCAACGUUGCACUAAAACGUUGUUCAGAAAUUAUGCUCUAUAAAAUGCAUUUAUGUACUCAAGAGUUAAAUUGUGCUCAAGAAGCCGUAACAAGUGAACUAGAACGUUUAACAAAUAAUACUAGUUCAUGUGUUGAAUCUAUUAACUCACGUUUUUCUGAGAUAUUGGCACUCGUUGAACAUCGUCAAGGAGAAUUAUUAGACUGUGUGAAACGACUUGGAGAAGAAAAACGACGUGCCUUAACAGAUCAACUUUCUUUAAUUGAAACAGAAAGAGACUUAAUUCGUACAGAAUGUGAUCGUUUAAAGGGCGUUAUGGAUGUACGAAGUAUUACAAAAACAAUAAGUUACUUGAAUGAUAAAUUGGACUCGAUUAGUGGUUUAACUGAACCUCGUGAAAAUGCCUUCCUUUGUUAUCAAGACUGUGUCGGUCCAUACAAUCAACAUAAUCAUAUAAACAUGUGUUGUACUGCCUCGAAACGCACCAUAUGUUCAUCAUCCCCAUCAGUUACAAAUUAUAAUGAAUCAGAAUCACCAUCCUCUUCAUCUUAUCAUCGUAAUCAUCAUCAAAGAUCGAAUGUGUCUUCUUCAACAACUCUUCAGUCUUCUCCUCAUCAAGUUAGCCUUCCUGAUAUUGCUCGUUGUCUUGCUGGCUUUGGUCGUUUAGUUGUUAGUACAACUUACCCUGCAUUAUGUACUGCUCGUUUACCAAAUGAAAUGUUUACCCAUCUGUAUACUAAAUGCACUAUUCAAGCAGUUGACUAUCAUGGUCGUCCUCAAUCAAACAGUGGAACAGAUCCUAUUGAAGUUGCUUUUACAGAACCACGAGGUCACUUAGUCCCAACUGAUAUAUUAGACAUUGGAAAUGGUUGUUACGAGGUUAGCAUGAUUACCCCAUUUUCAGGUCUUCAUAAAUUAUCUGUAAAAAUUCUCAAUAGACCGAUUCGUGGCUCACCUUUCAGUGUUCAUGUAAAACCAACACAAAAACGUAUUUGGUCCUUAAAAGAAGGCUCCGACGGUCGAGGAUUGAUUCAACCGUUCGCUGUAGCUUUUGGACCUUAUCCUGUUCGUCCUUCUGAAGCCUCAUCAAAUGCCCCACAAAAUGAUUGUUCAAUAACUCGUGAUUUCAUUUACGUUUUGGAUACAGGCAAUAGCCGUCUGUUAGUACUAAAUCCUGCAGAUGGUUCACUUCAUACCACUGUGACCGGUGAACCAUUAUCUAGUCAAGCUGCAACUGGUAUGGUGUGGUCACCUCAGGGUUUAUGGAUUGUAAAUUGGCGGGCUAAGCAACUGUUCCUGUUAGACCCAGCUACUGAACAGGUACUUUCAUCCGUGUCAAGUCCUUUGUUCAAGGAGCCAACUAGUAUCGCCAGAUGUCCCUUAACUAGUCGUUUAUUUAUUGCUGAUAAUGGAGCUGGUUGCGUUUUUGUUUGUGACCCUGAAACCUGCUCUGUGGAUGUGUUUAUUGGGACAAAUACUACAUCCGUUUAUGCGGAUAGUGAUGCAAGCACUCCAACUAGACACAGUACUUUAAUUCGAACCGAAGCUAGUUCUCAUUUGCCUCAACCUAAAGUUUGCAAAUUAAUCACAGGAUUGUGUGUAGCUGACUCUGGAGAAUUGAUUUUGUCUACAGGAACGUGUAUUCGGAUAUUUUCAUCAGAUGGACAUUUUCUUUCUGAUCUGUUACCUCCAAAUCAACCAGGUGAUGAUCAUUUGCGUGUUCGUAUCUCAACAUUACCGUCAAGAACUUCGUUGGAUACUUCUUAUUUUAAUGUUUUGAAUAAUUCAUAUGACAAUCCAAAUUCGGAAUAUAUGAAUGCUGGUCGUUUAAGUUUAUCUGAAAUCCGCCAUUCAAGUGGUCCUUCAAAGUCACGGAUUCCUCCAUCACGUGGUCAAUUCGGCGGUGUGUCAUUCAGUACUGCACCAACUGGGUCUGCUAAUAUUCAAACCGAUAAACUAGGAAAAUGUAUCCUAGCAACUUAUUCAGAUAGACAACGUUCUGGUGUUGUCGUUUGGCCGGAAACAUUGUGGACUUCCAGUUGUCGACAAUCCUUUCACGAAGCAGAUGACAAUACAGUAUCUUCUAGCAUAAUUACUAACAGUAAUAAUAAUGAUACUGCGUGUAAUACAACUAACUCUGCCACUACCACUAAUGUCCCUAGUAGUAGUAGUAACAAUAACAACCGUUUCUCUGUAGUAGAUCCAAACUUUCAAACACAUACUUGUGCAAUUUUCUGUCCUUUAAAUAGAAGUAGAUACCUUUUUAAACCAUACUUAAUUGAAGUAGAUCCGUCAUUUCGACGAUUGGCUGGUUUAGUAACUUUAUCAAAUUGUAGAGAUGUUAUUGUUGUUGAUCAAGGUGCUCAAAAUAUUUCCAGAAUUCACUAUGCAUGAAGUUGAUUUCAUUAUUCAAUUUUUCUGCAUUUUUUUUCCAUGAGUUAAUCCGCACAAUAUGUGAUAAACAUAUUUUUUUCACUGAAAAUAAUUUUCCGUCCAUUUUAUUCAUAUCAUUUAUAUGAAUAUAAACACAGCUGAUAUCCACUUUUUUAAAAUACAUCUAUUAGCUCGAUUCAAAUGUCCUUUCAGUUUUAUUCCACUUUUCUAAUUGGAUAGUUAUAAUAAAUUCAUCGAUAAUGUCACAUAUUAUCACGUUAUUAUUAUUAUUAUCAUUAUUACCGUGAUUACUAUUAUUACUCAUGGAUAUUUUAUGCAUAUUUUUUUAUGAGAAGCGUUUAUUUUCUAAAAGAAUCAAUUCUAUUCUGUUAUCACUGUAGUUUCCAUAGGUAUAUAUAUACACAUGCGGUUUUACGUAUAUAUAAUGUACGUUUACAUGUAGGAUAACAAUUAUUUCUCUACUAUACCAUUUUCUCAUAUCUUACACAUGUUAAUAAUUAUAACUGUUACUGUUUCACUAUACAACUGUAGUUCCCCAUCAUUCUUAGAUUUUACUAUUUUCUUCCUUCAUGUUUUAUAUAUAACUGCGUUUAUUGUGUAUAUGUUGUUGGUCCUUUCUUGUUUCUGUUGUUGGAAUGUUGUUUCUCUCUGUUCUUUUCUUUAAUAGAUAACGAUAAAUCCAGUAUUGUCAAAAGUUGUUGACAAUGUCUUUUCAUCAUCUUCAUUAUACCAAUAAUGUUUUCUUUUCCGUGUUUUUCCUGUUCUAGAGUUUCCUUUAAAUUUAUUUACACUAUACAAUUCGUCAUUUUCAUCAUAGUUGUGUUCCCUUUUGUGUGUGCAGUACCCCAAGUUAUUCAUCUUUUAGUCGAUAAUAGUGAUAAAUCAUUUGUAAUUAGUUCAUCUAAACUUACUUAUUUGUAACCUAAUAAGACUUCGUUUUUCAUUCGUUACUUGGCGCGCAUAUAUAUAUAUAUAUAUAUAUAUAUAUAUAUAUAUAUAUAUACAACUCUCUUGUUCUCCUGCUGGUAUAACCUAAAUAAGUGUGGAUAUGAAGAUCAUUUAGCCUUGCGUCACAUUUUUAUAGUGCGUGUUAGGUAAUAUAGAUGAAGAGAUCUUUGAAUUCACAUUCAUCUACUGUCAACUGUCCUCUCGUGAUUGUUGUUAUUUUCGUUGUUGAGGUUUGAAUUUUUGUCAACUGGUAUUUCAUUAUCGUUGAAACUUAUCUAUGUUAUGUUGUAUUGUUUAAAUUAUGUAUUUGUGUUUCCUUUCUUUUUUUUUAAUCUCUGUUUUUUUCUAUCCAACCUCACUAUAUUAUUUAAGUAUAGAAACACAAAUAUUAGUUGUUAGAAUUGUUAUUGUUACUAUUAUUAUCAUCAUCAUAAAUAUUCACAGGAAUAUAUUCAUUAUUAUUACUCCUAUCAGUAUCUUCGUUACUUAUACAACUAUUAUUCUUAUUACUACUAUUAUGACCAUAAAGAUAGAAUUUACUUUAAAUGUGAUUCGUCGUUUCUUGUUUUCAUUGUAUGCCUAUUUGGGAGGGAAAAUUUACAGUUGAUAAAGAAAGGACCAUAAUAUGACCAAUAUAAAUAGCAUGCAUAUAUCUUAGCAUUUAUAAUAAACAGAUAUUUAUUACUCUUAUAUUAUUUGGUAAAUUCAUCUCUACUGUACGCAAGGGAAUCGUACGAGUAAAAUCUAGUCGAGAAGUUUUGAGAAGUAUUAGGAAAACGGAUAUGUGUGCAAUAUUUUCUAAUAAGAAAUGUUGCAUAUAAUAUGUGGAAUAAAAUGAGUCUGGAUUCAAUAUCUACA